AUGUCGAGCUACGACGAGAAAACACUUUCCCCUCCUCACCAGCCCUCCGUGGAGAGUUCGAUCUCCGAGAGUGCUGGUGAAGGACAGGGCGCCCAUCUGGAGGAAGAUCAACCCCAGUCCAAGACAUUGGACCGAGAGGAAUCGAAGGACAGACCGAGUGUCGCCUCUGUCCCGCAACGAUGGAGGACACUAAGCCAGCGUGUCCGCGCUGGCGCUGGCACCCUCGCGGAGCGGCUGGGUCGUCCGCAUGAGCGAGAGGCGGACGGGUUGGAUGCCAGUUACGACCCGGAGCUUUACGGCGCGACGGACGACCUGCGGAGUUUUGCUGCUCGUCAGGCGAAAGACGAAGAGCAGCGGAUGGGAGGAAUCGGGCAUGAUUCGCAGGCACAGCAUCUGUUGAGUCAGCUGGGGCUUCAUCACCGGCCACAGUCUCACCGACGAGAGACGGAACCGCUCUCAGGAGCCUCAACGCCAGGAGAAUACGCAUCCACGCCUCUCAAUGGAGGCCUUCUAUCGCAGCUGCUUCGCGUCUAUGCCAACAACUUGCCAUCAGCGAGCAGAGUGAGUGUUGUGUCUACAGCAUCCGACACCGAUCCCGAGACCGAAACACUGGCGCCAACCAUGCCCGGCACACCAGGCACGCCGGGUACCCUGAUGGGCUCGAUGACCCCCAAUACCAAGAAGGAGAAGCUCAAAUGGUACGCCAACAGCAAUGCCGGCAAGGUCAACAAGGCCAACCGACCCAAAUCCGGCCACCACUAUACAUCUUCCCUCAUCCAAGCUUCUAUGGAUAUGGGCCGAAUCGGUGUGCCUGGCGCAGAAGGACCGGCCCCCAUGAAUCAUAAAGAGCGAAAGAAGCAAAAGCGAAAGAGUUCGAAGAAUGUUCAGCUUACAGUGCACAUUGCCCACCUGCUCGCCCGCCAGCAGUAUAUAAUGCAACUCUGCCGAGCUUUGAUGAAGUACGGUGCUCCUACCCACCGGUUGGAAGAGUACAUGAUGAUGACCUCCAAUGUGUUGGAGGUCAAGGCUCAAUUUCUCUAUAUUCCGGGUUGUAUGUUCAUGUCGUUCGAUGACCCUCUCACUCGCACGGCCGAGGUCAAGAUUAUUCGUGUCAUCCAAGGCCUGGAUCUCUCCCGUCUCGCAGAGACCCAUAAUGUUUACAAAAAUGUCGUUCACGACGUGGUCGGUGUCGAACAGGCCACCCAAGACUUGGAUGAUAUUAUGCAGCGAAAGCCCCGCUAUAACCGUUGGAUCCUGGUUCUCCUGACCGGUCUGGCGAGUGUCGCUGUCGGCCCUUACUCGUUCUCGGCUCGCCCCGUUGACCUCCCCAUAAUCUUUUGUCUGGGCUGUCUGGUGGGCUUCAUGCAGCAUAUUCUCGCCCCGACCUCAGCCACAUACUCCAACGUCCUCGAGGUCUCGGCGGCCAUUCUGACUUCCUUCAUCGCACGUGCGUUCGGUAGUAUUAGACAUAACGGUGAACAUGUCUUCUGCUUUUCAGCCAUGGCUCAGUCCGCCAUUGCGAUGAUCCUGCCCGGUUUCGCUGUUCUCAGCAGUAGUCUGGAGUUACAAUCGCAUCAGAUGAAUGCUGGUUCAAUCCGAAUGGUCUUCACCAUCAUCUACUCCCUCUUCCUCGGGUACGGUGUGACUGUUGGCACGACGAUCUAUGGGUUAAUGGAUAGCAAUGCCACCGACCAGUCCACGUGCAGCACGAGUAGUUUCGGGACCUGGGGAAACGAGUAUAUCCAGCAUUUCCCAUUUGUCGCGCUAUUCUGUCUGUUUGCUGCUCUCAUCAAUCAAGCCAAGCCGAAGCAGCUCCCUGUCACGAUCUUCAUGGGUGUCUGUGGGUACGUGGCCAAUUAUUUCAGCACCAAGAGGCUCGGUUCCGGCGAGGUUGCCAACACGGUGGGCGCGUUCACCAUCGGUCUCUUGGCUAAUCUGUACAGUCGUCUGUGGCACGGCCACGCGGCUGCGGCGAUUAUCCCUGGUAUCUUCACGCUAGUGCCGUCCGGUCUUGCAUCGAGUGGUUCAAUCAUAUCCGGUCUGGCAUAUGCGGAAGAGGUGACCUCGGGCACGAUCAAUAGCACCAGCAGCUCAUCCUCUGGCAGCUCCCUGACCUCUCUAGGUUACGGAAUGAUCCAGACGGCCAUCGGUAUCUCCGUGGGUCUAUUUGUCGCUGCACUGAUUGUGUACCCACAUGGCAAGAAACGAAGUGGCAUUUUCAGUCUGUGA